CAAGGCUGCUGGCGCUCGCUGCGGAGGUCUCAGAACCUCUGCAGGCUGUGCGGGAGCGGGGCGAGGCGAGCGCGAAGAGUGGGAAGGGAGCCGGGCUAGCCGGCCCAGCCGAGCCGGAGCCGCUGCCCCCCGCAGAGCUGCCGCAGCCGAGCACCGAGGCGUUUGGCCAGCGAGAGCUGGAGACCGAGCUGCAGCCCGAGAAGGUCGGCCCGGGAGCCCAGACCGGAGAUGGAGGGCGAGCUGAGCUCGAGCCAGGAAAGCCCUGGGGUCCACACACCGCAAGGCUCCAUCACCCAGUCGUCAUGGACUUCCCAAGUGGAGGGCUCGCCCGCCACCUCUCUGCUCCAGUCCGCGCGCGGUUCGGAGACUCUCCGAAGCUCCAUCCUCGACCUGUACUCGCGGGGCUCCGAAAUGAGGACCUCCAAGGACUCUGUGAUCGCUCCGCGGGGCUCCGAGCCGUGGACUCCGCGGGGCACCGAGCAGUGGACUCCGCGGGACUCCGAGCCGUGGACUCCGCGGGGCUCCGAGCAGUGGACCCCGCGGGGCUCCUCCUACAAGCGAAGCUCAGUGGACUGGGGUGCCCAGCGAUCCUCGGUCACCACCUUGCGCUCCUCCGAGGCUCGCGAGUCGCGGUCCUCCGAAGCUCGCGAGUCGCAGACCUCCUUCGGCCAAACCACCACUAUGACUGGAGGCGAGCAGCCCUCGCAGAGCUCCAGUGGCCAGGGCUCAGGGACCUCCAUCCGUCGGGUCUCGCAGAGCCUCCUCACCACGGAGGCCCAGACUUCCCUGAGCCAGAGCUCAGUCAGGACCUCCCUCCCUCUGGGCUCCCAGAGCAACGUCGUGAUCCAGGACGCCGAGACUUCCAUCCCUCAGACCUCCGAGACCGACAAUAUCGCUCAGACUCUGGAGACCCAGGCGUCCCGCAGCAGCGAGGGCUUGGGCCCCGUCUACUACAAGAGCUCUGGGGGCGGUCACCGUCACCACUCAGGUUACUUGGCGGACGAUGAAGGCACCCUGAAGCAUUCGAAGUUUCAGGUACACAAGAGGCCGGCGUUUGCCAAUAUGGGACCCGUGGGCAGAGUGCAUGGUUUUCUGCGGCCCCCCUGUCCAUUAUACGUUCCCAUGCCUCCCCGGGCCCACGGCCACAAGAAGCCCCCCAAGUCAGAACCCUUCUCUGAAUUCUUGGACUUCCUGGCCACGGGCCCCAUCCUAGACAGCCUCCAGGUAGUGAUGGAUGAGGCAACCAAGAAAAUGACCCAGAUGCACACAGAGACUGGUCUGCCCCUGUUCGACGUGGAUAAGGGCCCCAGUCGGAAGGCGAGGGAGCAGAGGGAUGCCAUAGAAGUCGCUCGGAGACUCCGGAGGGGCCGCCCUCGCCUGUAUGCUGCCUUCCCUAACAAUUACCCAUCAAGCUCCAGUUCCGAAUCCAACUUCUACUACGGCAGAGAUGAGUGCAAGGGGCACUCUCACGGCCAUGGCCGAGGUCCCCUGGGCGGAAUCUUCAUGAAUCCUCCGUGGCUGCACACCAAGGUCUCCCGCUUUCAGCCGCGGAAUCCUCUGGCCCACCUCCCACCCAUCCCAGAGAAGUUUCAGAUAGAAAAAAAUUUGAAGCACGUUUUUCGGAAGAAAGGGAAAAACCCCGUGACUUCUCGCAGAGAGGACUUCUUCUUCUGGAAGAAGUCUUUGGACCCAGUGGACAUGGUCUGGUCCAAAGAACAGAGGCUGGAGUGGCUGUCCAAGCUCCUGGAACCCGUCCGAAAAAAGUCUUCCGAGAUGCCCAGCCUGCUGGAGAUCUUCAACGCUUUGGACAAAGUCAGCAGGACCAAGAUUGGGGAGCCCCCGCGAGCCACAAGCAGCACGGCCUGGAAGCCCUGCCCAGCGCAUAUGCCCUGCACGCCCCGGAUGCCCUGCACGCCCCGGAUGCCCUGCACAGUCCACAUGGCCAGCCAGAUUCGGAUGCCCUGCUCGUCCCGGAUGGUCAACUCAGCCUGGAUGCCCUGCAUGCCCCAGAUGGCCAGCCCGCCCGGGAUGCCCGGCCCGACCAGGAUCUCCUGCUCGACCCAGAUGCCCCCCCCAACCCAGAGAUCCUGCUCGACCCAGAUACCCAGCCCACCCCAGAGAUCCUGCUCGACCCAGAUACCCAGCCCACCCCAGAGAUCCUGCUCGACCCAGAUGCCCAGCCCACCUGAGAUAGAUUGCUCGACCCAGAUGCCCAGCCUGCCCCAAAUGCCCAGCCUGACCCAGAUGCCCAGCCCACCCCGGGUACCCAGCCCGCCCCGGGUGUCCAGCCCAUUGCAGAUACCCAGCCCAGUCCGAUUGCCCAGUCCAUCUUCCAUUCCCAGUCCUCCGUCACUCCCCUGCCUGGCCAACAAGUCCUCCCAGACAGAAUGGGCCUACUUCAAAAGGUCCAGUUCCCUGAAGCCCAUCCCCGUGAGCCGGAGCAGCGUCAUGGAAAAGGGCAUGCAGACGGAGACCCGGGCCUCCAAGGACAAGCCCAGCUGCAUGGAGCAGGAGCUGGACUUCAUCAAGGAGGAGCUGGAGAGGGAGCUCCUGGAGCUGCUGCUGGGCUCCCUGAACCCGAAGUCGUCGUCGUCCUCCUCCUCCUCCUCGCUGAAGGCGCCCGCCUACGACUGCGCCAAGGAGCCCUUCCACACGCUGGACUUCCUGGCCGAGCACCAGCUCUUCCCGGCCCUGCAGGACGUGGUGAGCCAGGCCGUGGUCCGGCUGAGCCUGGCCCGGCGCAGGAACGGCGUCCCGCUCUUCCCCGCGCUGCAGCGCUACUUCAGCCAGGCCCGGCAGCAGUGCCAGCAGCAGCAGCAGCAGCAGCCGCUGCCGCAGGAGGAGGAGGAGGAGGAGGAGGAGGAGAAGGCGGCCAGCCCCACGAACCCCAAGCGCUGGGAGCACGUCACCCACAAGUCCGUCUGGUACCUCCCCGAGGUCACCAUCAAGGAGGAGGCCAAACCGAUCAUCACCCAGCCCUUCAACACCAAGGAGAAGCGGGCCCUGUUGUCCGUGACCAUGCCCAUACACAGCGCCACCUCGGCCCGGAUGCAGCGGGAAAAGGCCCAGGCCGAAGCCAGGGCCCUGGCAGAGGCCAAGGCCCAUGCCCAGGAGGUCAGAUCCCUGUCUCACAUCAAAGCCAGAGUCCGAAGAGACUCCGAGAGUAUGAGAAAGGCCAGGUACCAGAAGUUGAGCAAAACCCUCAAGAAGCUGCCCCCUGAAAUCUCUCCCAAGUCCCACAAGUCCCUCAUGUCUCACUUCUCACUCCUCAACCCCAAGAAGGAGUAUAUGAUUCAGUUCCUCAUGGACCAAGCCAUUAAACUUCUCCUCUACAAGUACAACUACGAGAAGACCCUGGCGGAGAGGCUCGGCUUCAUCUCCUUCUCCGUGGCCGACACCCUCAUGGACCUCAUCAUCGGCUUCAAGAAAGUCAAGGGCCCAAGUAUACACCUCAAUUCCCAGAUCAACUGGCCCUGCGUGCUGGACAAGCUGGAGGCAGCUGAGCGGGCUUCUCUCCUGGAACCCCUCAAGAAGAAAACUGGCAUCCCAGGUGUCAGUGUCAGCCCCAGCGCCGGUGCUGGCACCGGCACUGGCACCACCACCACCACCUCCUCCUCGUCCAGCCGCCAUUCUUCUCGGCUGUCCCCCAAGUCUUCCCCCAAACCCUUUCUCAGCCGGUACUCACCGCUCUCGCAGAGGACCUCGUCCCCCUUACGGAGGGUCUCGUCCCCCUUUCGGAGGGCCUCGCCCCCUUCGCGGAGGGCCUCGCCCCCCUCGCGGAGGGCCUCGCCCCGCUCUUCCAGGCCCUCCAUGGUGCCAGAUAGCUCCCACAGGAUGUCCUUUCCCACCACGAGCGUGUCGUCCUACCUUCCGGUUUCCGAGAGCCAAAGUCGGGAGUCCAAGAUUUUGUCCAAAGAACUCUCGGUGGAUUACUCCAGAAGAACAUCAUCCAAAGUCUCCAGGCCCUCCGAAACGACAGGGACUUACUUUGAGGACCAUGAUGAAGAAGAAUAUGAAGCAGCGGAUGAGUAUGAGGAGGGGGUUGAGUAUGAGGAGGGAGAUGAGUAUGAGAGUGUUGAACAAGAGAGAGGUGAGGAAGAGAGUCAAGAAUAUGAAGAAAAGGAGGCUGAAGAGGAGGAGGAGGAGGAGGAGGGUGAAGAAUAUGAGGGUGAAGAAUAUGAGGGUGAAGAGUAUGAGGGUGAAGAAUAUGAGGGUGAAGAUUAUCAGGUGGUGUAUGAUCAGGUAUACGAUCAGGUAUACGACCAGGUAUACGAUCAGGUAUACGAUGAGGAAUACGAGGGUGAGGAGGAAGAACACAAGGUCGUCGAGGAGGAGGAGGAGCAUGAGCAAGAGGAGGAGGAGCAUGAGCAAGAGGAGGAACAUGAAGUGGAGCAAGAGGAUGAGGAGGAGGAGGAGGAGGAGGAGGAAGAGGAAGAGGAGGAAGAAGAAGAGGAGCAUGAGGAAGAGGAAGAAACUAUAGAUAAGGUGUAUGACUUUGAGGUUGAAAGUAAACCUGAGGGCGUGGGGGACUUUGAGGAUUUUGAUUUCCUGUAUAUGCAAAAUGGGGAGGAUGUUGAACAGGAAAACAGUAUAGUGUUCAAGGACAUCUAUCAGACCUCUGAGGAUACUGAGCGGGAAAGGGCCUACGAGCAGGAAAUGGCCUAGAAGUCUCUGCCAGCUCUCCUUGCCCCAUCCCACUGUUCCUAAUAAAGUUAUUU